GGAAAACUGCACUUUUCCAGACUAAAAAUAACCAACGGAGAUACAGAAUGAGUCUCCUUCUGGUGCUUGCUUUGUUGGGUCUUGCAGGAGCGUCUCCCCUGGGGGACGACAAGGUGUGCCAGCCUCACUCCAGACCCUGGCAGGUCUACCUGCACGGCGGCGGAGUGUCCUGCAGCGGAGUUCUCAUCGACAGAUGGUGGAUAGUGACCUCCUUUGAGUGUGCGCCCAGACCCUACACCACCGUUGCAUCCCUAGGAGAACAUGAUGUCCUCGUGGAGGAGGGCACGGAGCAGCACAUCCUUGUUGCCGACGUGAUCCGCCACAGCCCCUACCGCUCGCCCCUCCACAGCCUCGCCAUGGUGCGUCUGGCCGAGCCGGCCCACCUCAACCAGUACGUCCAGCCCGCGUCCAUGCCCAGCCGCUGCCCACAGCCUGGAGAGACCUGCCAUGUCAGCGGCUGGGGCUCCACCGGGCCCUAUCACUUUGGGCCCGCUCAGCGUCUGAAGUGCAUAACUGUGCCUGUUGUGGACGAUCAGACUUGUAUGAACACGUUCCCAGUGGACCUGUACUGGAGCCCGACAAUGGUCUGCGCUGGUCAACUAAACACAGAUAACUGCUUGAGUGACCGUGGCAGUGUGAUGAUGUGCGGUGGCCAGCUGCAGGGCGUGCGGUGGUUCGGAAAUGGCUGCCGCAACCCGGCAAACCCGACCGUCUACUCCAAGAUAUGCAAGUACAAUAACUGGAUCAACGGCGUGAGGGACCGCUACACACCCACUCUGCCACCUCAAACCACGACAAGGACGACGACGACAAGAGGCCGCGGAGAGACUCAUUUACUCAGAUAAAAUGUAGCAUUGCUGCUGACCACUUUGCAGGCUGGAAUCAGAGUUUGAACCCAGAGGGUAGAGGUUGCCCUUUCAGCCAAUUGAGCAAGGCACAAUAUUGCACUUUGGCAAAGUUAUACUCUUGAUAAGGAUAAAUGACAUGUAUAAAAUAAUCUAAGAUAAAAUGCUGAGACACUUGUUGCAACCUUUCAUGCCAUGUUUUAUUCAUGGCUUUCAGCACACCCUUUACUCCAUGAUUGCUCCUUUUUCCCCAUUUGCCUCGGCAAAAACUCUCUCCACAGCUGGCUAAUAGCUGCUGCUUAUUGGCUCUGAUGUUAUCCCGGUAUAUCAUAACUCGACAUAUACCGCUGUGCGUGUGACAGUGGAAGUGAAUUAUACGACGGGGAAAAUUUGUUUGCUCCACAUGUUGAACACCAUCGCCGCUAAAUCUUGUGGUUGUCACCUCCUUUAGGGGCAAUAUCCAGAGUUGUGCUUAGAGCUGCUGCAAAUUAAUAGUUUGAUAUUAACACUGCAUGAACUGACUACAUCCAUGUGGCUGGGGUCGCUCGCUGUGAAGAGCCUCGGAGAAUCACCGUUCAACCUCAGAAGCGCCUCUCAGCUCAUUGUAGCAUUUUGGCGUCUUUUAACAAUCAAUUUAAAUUUGAAUGAUUUCAGCCAAAGGACCCGAUAAACCCAUUGCAAACUACCUGAGGAGCACCAAACAGUGGACAGUCAAUGUAAGUGGCCAUAGUGGAGCAUGUAGCAGCAAAAGAGCCUGAUAUCACCCUCAUAGUUGAGGCAGUGGACUUACAUUUGUCACAAAAACAUGUCUCCGGAUUAAUGCUAAUGUCGCUACAUGAGCAACUGUUCGUCAUAUUAAUGUAAAAAUAAAACUGUCAAUCAUUGUUAUGUUCCCAGCUUUGUGCCCCCCCCCCCAAAAAAAUCUGUUCAUUCAGCUUUUAUAAUGUCAGUAACAAAAAUGAUUGCUCCCAUUUUGCAAAUAACAGAAAUGUUAUUUAGUAAGGAAACUUUUAAUUUCUGUUUUCUUUUUUUUUCAUAAAAUUUGUCAGUCAAAUCAAAUAAAGUCGAGCGGAACGAG